UUCAUUUCCUUCUCUGUUCUCUUAAUAAAACCCCCACACAACUAUUUAUAAGGCGAGAGUUUCAGUAGAGGCUCGAUAUAAGUUUCUUAACGUUGAGUUUUAAUCAUUUAUAAUAUUUUGUAGAGUUUGUCGCUAUAGCGAAGUUCAUCGUUACCACUUUGCGAUCUACCUGUCCUGCUUUACCCAGUCUUUUGUCUAGCGAGCAUUGCGGCCGCCAGAUGGCAGCAGUGAUCACUGAAGAUAACGUGUACAGCGAGGCUGAAGUGAACGACGCGCCCCCUGCUGGUGGAGAUGAUCAAGUGCAGCUGCCCGGUCCUGAAGGAAACAUACAGGGACAGGUGGAGGAGUUUCUGGGCCCACAUCCUGACUACGACGAGGAGGAGGAGGAGCGCAAGUACUACAGACGGAAGAGGCUGGGAGUAGUGAAGAAUGUGGUGGGGGCCAGUUGCGGAGGAAUGAUCAUCUACAGUGUUUACAUGGGUCUGUUACAGAUGCAGUUAAUUCUGCACUACGAUGAGACAUACCGAGAGGUCAAGUAUAGCUCCUUAGGGCUGGAGGAUAUCGACAACAAAAUGCUGAUGGGCAUCAACGUUACGCCUAUUGUCGGCCUGCUCUACACACCGGUGCUCAUUAGAUUUCUGGGGACUAAAUGGAUGAUGUUCCUGGCUUCAGGCAUCUAUGCUCUGUUUGUUUCAACCAAUUACUGGGAGCGAUACUACACCCUUGUACCAUCAGCUGUGGCCAUUGGUGUUGUCAUUGUUCCGCUGUGGGCAUCCUUGGGAAAUUACAUUACCAGAAUGGCCCAGCAGUACUAUGAGUAUGUGAACUAUAAAGAUGAACAUGUCCAGGAGCAGAAGAAGCCCCCCAAAGGAGCCUUCCAUUCGUACAUCAUCAUUUUUCAGUCCGUCUUCUACAUUUUUUUCCAUCUGAGUUUCGUGUUUGCCGAGUUCCCCAUGGUGCUGUUCCUCAAUAACUAUCUGAAUGAUUACAAUCACACUCUCUACAAAGUCACUCAGUGUGGAGCUGGUGGUAAAGGAGUGAUAGAGAAUUUCAAUAAGACAGUUUUGCGUUCUUUGCCUCGCUCUCUGCUGCUCAUCGAGGUGGAGAGUGUGCUCAUGGGAGCAGCCUUCCUCGCCAUGCUUAUUUUCCUGGUGUUGUGUGGAGCUGCAUAUCGGCCCACAGAGGAAAUUGACCUUCGCAGUAUCGGCUGGGGGAACAUCUUUCAGUUGCCCUUCAAGCACUUACGUGACUACCGUCUCCGUCUGCUCUGUCCUUUCUUCAUCUACUCUGGCUUUGAAGUGCUCUUCGCCGUGCAGGGAAUCGUACUGUCAUAUGGAGUAUGUGCAGUCGGGAUGGAGAAGCUGUGGUUGUUGGUUAUGGUGUAUGGUUUGUCAUCCUCCAUCUGUUCGGCCCUGGCCCUGACGCUGCUGCGUUUGCCCAGGCCGGUCAUUCUUCUGGUGGGAGCUUGCGUGCACUUUGUGCUAAUCAUAACCCUUAUGUGCUGGUCGCCCCAACCCAGAACACCUAACUAUCUUCCAUAUCUGUUGGUGCUCUCUGCCCUCUGGGGUAUGGGCACUGCUUUCAACAAGACUGGACUGAGCACUCUGCUGGGGAUGCUGUAUGAAGACAAGGAGCGACUAGAUUUUGUUUAUACAAUCUAUCACUGGUGCCAGGCCAUUGCCAUCUUCAUCGUCUACCUUUGGUCUGCAUUGCCUAUGCGGGCCAAGCUUGGACUCCUGUUGUUUGCUCUCAUAGUAGCAUCGUUCUGCUACGUGCAGAUGGAGCGUCGCCUGGCAAAGAAAAUUCCAUUUAGGUUGCCACGGAUUCCGCGUCCACGACACAAGGUCAAAGGUUACCGAUACCUUGAGGAAGAAAAUUCCGAUGAAUCAGACACGGACCUGAGUGAUGCUGAUGAUGAUGAUGAGAAAGAAGAGAAUGAGAGAAUGUUGGUUGAGGAGGACAAAAAUACAGACGGCGAUUCCCAGGGUUCACCGGGACCAGAGAGGAGCGGGGUUAGGGACCGCAGGAGGAGACAUGACAACGCUGCCUACGAGCAGGCAGGAGAGAGAGAGGACUAUGUCCAACAUAUGAGGGACUAGAAAAGGAGAGGUGAAAGAUGACGGGAAGUUGUAAAAUACUGAAUAGCCAGAAUGAAAGAGAAGUCUUGGAAUCGUGUACUCACUUUUUUAUUAAAUAAUGUUUUUUUUUCUUUAGAAAAAGGAAAAGGGUGGGUCACCGAUGAAAAAAAUUAAGGUCAGAAAAUAGUCCACGGUAAAAAAAAAAAGUGAAAACAAGUGUUUCAUUGAAAUGGGAAGUGAAAAGAGGAAACUGCUGAUACCUUGUAAGGUUAGGUGGUUUGUUGCCAUAGAAAUGGAUUAUUCUCCAUUUUGGCCUUUGGUCAUGGUGAUGUGCUUGAGUUGUGUAUUUCUUUCUAAUUCCCUUUUUUGUGUGUGUACAGUGAUUCUUUAUCCAUUUCAUAGCUAUUUUCUUCAUUGUAAAAGAUAAACAAAUAGCUCUCCAUUAAAAAAAGUGUUACAUUUCAUUCUCAAAUAUGAUGUUAUAAAACUGUAAUACUGUAAUAAAGAUGACAGAGAGAGAUUCUAUGUGAUUUAAAAUGCUGCGUUUAUGUUUUACGCAAGGUAUGAUAAGCUAUAAUGUGAAUGAUAAUACUUAAUUUAGUGUACAGUUAUUCACGUGUGAAAUUUUUUGCAGUCUUUCAGUAUGUUUCUCUUUCAUUUGCAUUAGAUGUAGGUACUUUAUGCAGAUAUAUUCUUAGCAGCUGUUAACAGAAAACAUAUUUUAGCAUUUCACUGCUGCUUUUCCAUUGUGUUUCAUGUAAACAUGGGCUAGAUUUUGGCCGUUGCUCUUUUGUCUCGUGUCUCGCACAUUACACUCAAAUUAAAAGAAGUUCAAUAAAA